AUGGUCAAACAGAAGAAGGCGACAAAGAAGUUUGAGAAAAAUCGGCUCAAGGAGACGAUUGACCGCAGGAAGGAGUUCGCCAAAAUCAAGCAACGACACCAGCAGAAUGCUAAGAGGAAGCAAAGAGCAGAGAAGCGAUCAAAAGGGGAAGAUGAUGCUGCAGGCUCUGAUGCUGAAUCGUCAUCGCAAGAGCAGGAUGUCGAUAUGAAUGCCGACGAAUACUUCCAAGAGGCACUGGACAUACCUGGAGAUGAGACAAACCCUGUCGCGAAGAAUAGCAAGGGGAAACGCAAGAGAGACGGGGCCGCACAAGAGGAUCCACUACCUGAACCGUCAGAAGGCAGUGACUCUGAUGAUGAUGUUGACGAUGACCACCAAGGUCAACUGGCUGCGUUGGCGGAGAAAGAUCCCGAAUUCUACAAAUACCUCCAAGAGAACGACGCAGAUUUGCUGGACUUCAACGAGGAUGACGAUCUCGCAGAAGUAGAUGACCUCAGUGACGGAGAGCCUCCAGCUAAAAAGCAGAAGACCAAAAGUUCAGGUGGUGAGGGUCCCGCUGGCCCCGACGACGUUACAGUGGCCAUGGUCAAGAAAUGGAAGUCCUCUUUGACCGAGGGAUUUUCGAUAAGAGCACUACGACAGAUUGUUCUGGCAUUCCGCGCCGCUGCCCAUGCCGAUGAUGAGGAGGAGCAAUCCUCCAAGUACAACAUUCCAAGCCCCGAAGUGUACCACGAGGUUCUGGUAACGGCGCUGAAGCAAGUUCCGGAAACGCUAUCGCACCAUCUGCCCGUCAAGGAGACUGCGGGGGGCAAAGUGCGGGUGCCAACUGACUCGCCCAAGUUCAAGACCCUGGCGCCCCUGAUCAAAUCCCACGCCUCGUCCCUGCAUCAUUUGCUAGGCCAUUUGUCAGACACGAAAACUUUGAGAUUGACUCUUCAAUCGUUUGAGCCGUUACUGCCUUAUCUCCUACAAUUCCGCAAGUUUCUCAAGGUGGUCACGAGAACGCUUGCCUCCAUCUGGUCCGACAACGCUUCAGAUGAGGCAACCCGGAUAACAGCUUUCUUGAUCAUCCGCCGGCUGAUGGUGAUCGGGGAUGCUGGGAUCCGAGAAGCUGUCCUGAAGGCCACCUACGAAGGUGUUGUCAAAGGCAGUCGAAAUACCACCAUUCAUACUCUGGCCGGCAUCAACCUCAUGAAGAACUCGGCUGCGGAGAUUUGGGGCAUUGACCAAAAGGUCGGCUACACUACUGGCUUUACUUUCAUCCGCCAACUCGCAAUCCAUCUUCGGAGCAACAUCACUAAGCCCACCAAGGAUUCCUAUAAGACUGUCUACAACUGGCAGUUUGUGCAUUCUCUGGAUUUCUGGUCACGAGUUCUGUCAUUGCACUGCAAUUCCCUCCUUGAAGCCCAGAAUGGCAAGCAAUCCCAACUUCGACCGCUGAUUUAUCCUGUUGUCCAAGUGACGCUGGGGGUUAUGAGGCUUAUUCCCACCUCGACCUAUUUCCCUCUUCGAUUCCAGCUCAUGCGGUCUCUGUUACGGAUUUCACAGGCGACCGGGACGUACAUUCCACUUUCAGCAGCUCUUCUGGAGGUUCUCAAUUCGGCAGAGAUGAAGAAGCCGGCCAAAACUGCGACCUUACGACCCCUCGAUUUUGAGACCAACAUCAGAGCACCGACCACCUAUUUAAAGACAAAGGUCUACCAGGAAGGUGUUGCAGAACAAGUGGUCGAGUUGCUUUCCGAGUUCUUUGUGCUCUGGACCAAGAGCAUUGCAUACCCCGAGCUCCAACUUCCGACCAUAGUCAUGCUGAAAAGAUGGUUGAAGACAGCUUCCAAACCCAGUGGAAAUAAAAAUGGCAAGUUGAACCAAUCUCUUCUUUUGCUGGUGCAAAAGUCCGAGGCCAAUUCAAAGUGGAUCGAGGAGAGAAGGAACAAGGUCAACUUUUCGCCCAAAGACCGUGCCGAGAUCGAAGGGUUUCUCAAAGACGUGCAAUGGCAAGACACUCCACUCGGCGCCUUUGUUCUGGGGCAGAGAGCAUGGCGGGAUGAGAGGAGGAAGGUACUGGAACAGGGAAGAAAAGAACAAGAACGUCGGAACAAAGUGGAAAAGCAUGACGAUGAAAUUGAGACGGCAUGA